UUCCCCGGGCGGCAUGUAGAUCAUUUCCACCAAUGAGAGCUCGUUUUUACUUCUGUCCAGCCAAUGGGAGGCCCGGACGUCCCGAGCGUGUCAGUGGGAGUGAUCUCUCAACAGGAAGCGUCGGUGAACAAUAUAAGCAAAAGUUUGAAGAGUAUGGCGGACAAGACUGUGGAUCAUGGGCCAUGGACAGGAUGUGCAGUUAUUUUUCUGCAGUCGCUGUGUCCCAAUGUGAACCUGCUCUCUCUCUACAAAGACCGACAGGGAAAGUUCAUCGUUUUCAAAGUCAUCAAACUGACACUUAUAGAUUCUGCAGGAGGUCUGGGUGGUUAUGAGAUACUGAAGAUUCAUGACGCUGAUCCUUUCCUGGGGGUGGAGGUGAAGUUUGUGGAUGUGGCAGCAUGUCAGCAGUUCUUGGAGAGCUACAGCUCCGGAGCGGUGCGUCAGUCUCUCUCUCAACACGCCUGCCGGCUUUUUGCUCUGCCACAAGAGCUGACAUUGGAAACUCAGCUGAAGGCCAGCACGCACAUCCUUGACCUCUACAUAGACAAGCUGGAACUUUGUCUACAGCACAUCCACCUUUCACAGCCCGAGCGCCUGCGCGAUGAGGAGAUUGAUGAUCUGGAGCAGCAGCUGCAGAGUCAGGCCCUCGGUCCUGCCCCACAGUCCACCUUCAUCACACAGGAAGAGCCUCCUGUCCCCAGCAACUGCUUCAAGUUUCAGAAUAAAGUGUUUGAGGACCGAAUGCUGACGGCAACAGAUGUUCAGAGCUUUUCUAAUGGAGUGGGCCGUCAGUGGAAACAUGUAGGAAGGGCCCUGGGGAAGAGCUGCCAUGCUCUGAAGGGUCCGGCCAUAGACAACCUGGCCUACGAGCACGAGCGAGAAGGGCUGUAUGAGCAAGCCUAUCAGCUGCUCAGCCGCUUCAUCCAGGCGGAGGGGAGAGCGGCCAAGCUGAGCCGGCUGGUCAGAGCACUGGAGGACUGCAAACUCACCAGCCUGGCUGAAAAUAUUCUGGACGUAAUGCCAAGAGAGUAACACACACCUGUGCUUUUGUUCCACACGUACAAGUCGUGAAAACUGAGGCGGACAGGUCCUCCCUACAUGACGAGUGGUUGACUCUGUCCUGCCUGCUUUCAUUUACAGUAUGUUUGUUCUUGAUUGAUGUCUGUCAUCUUCACAUUUAAAAUCAUUCCUGUGUGUGUGCGUGCGUGCGUGCGUGCGUGCGUGCGUGUGUGUGUGGGUGUGGGUGUGUGUGUGUGUUGGACAGGUUGUGUGAACACAGGCUGACAUCUCUGUGAGAAUUGUGUGAUUCAUAUCUUGAUUCGAUUUUCAAUUAUUAGUAAAAUUGUUUUCAUUUAGAGGAAAUGAUCUGUCAUCACUGUUACAAAAUGAGUUCAAUGCACUGUUUUAACUGUUAUCAUUUACCUCUUUUAUCUCUGCUUUAUAUGUUGAUUUACAGAUGCAACUUGUUCGGUCGUCUUGUUUCUGAACAACUGAAGGUUAUUGAUUUUUUUUUCUAUAAAAUGGGUGCAUACAAAUUAAAUGGUUCUGGAAAAAAAAUCUUCAUGUUUGUG